UGGGCCCAGCUCGGCGCCCAUGUGACCCCGCUGCCAGGUCGGGGCGCGACGGGACGCGCUGGGACCGGCGUCGGGGGGCGCGGGCGCGGCCCGGGGCGGGGGCGGCAUGGAGCGGAGGUGGGUCUUCGUGCUGCUCGACGUGCUGUGCGUGCUGGUCGCCUCUCUGCCCUUUGCCACCCUGACGCUUGUGAACGCACCAUAUAAGCGAGGGUUCUACUGUGGAGAUGAGUCCAUCCGGUACCCCUACCGUCCAGACACCAUCACCCACGGGCUCAUGGCUGGGGUCACCAUCACAGCCACCAUCAUCCUCGUCUCUGCCGGGGAGGCCUACUUGGUAUACACAGACCGCCUCUAUUCCCGCUCCGACUUCAACAACUACGUGGCGGCCGUCUACAAGGUGUUGGGGACGUUCCUGUUUGGGGCUGCGGUGAGUCAGUCGCUCACCGACCUGGCCAAGUACAUGAUCGGCCGUCUGCGGCCCAACUUCCUGGCGGUGUGUGACCCUGACUGGAGCCGCGUCAACUGCUCCGUGUACGUGCAGGUGGAGAAGGUGUGCAGGGGAAGCCCCGCCAACGUCACCGAGUCCAGACUGUCUUUCUAUUCUGGACACUCCUCCUUUGGGAUGUACUGCAUGAUGUUCUUGGCGCUCUACGUGCAGGCACGGCUUUGCUGGAAGUGGGCGCGGCUUCUGCGGCCCACAGUGCAGUUCUUCCUGCUGGCCUUUGCUCUCUACGUCGGCUACACCCGCGUGUCUGACCACAAGCACCACUGGAGUGAUGUCCUUGUUGGCCUCCUGCAGGGGGCACUGGUGGCCGGCCUCACGGUUCGCUACGUCUCGGACUUCUUUAAGUCCCGGCCCCCACAGCGCUGCCUGGAGGAGGAGGAGCUGGGACGGAAGCCCAGCCUGUCACUGACGCUGACCCUGGGUGAAGCUGACCGCAACCACUAUGGGUACCCGGUCUCCUCCUCUUGAGGCGGGCUCCUUCUGUGCAUCUGCGUGUUCAUGGUCCUGGCGGGGACCUCCGCUAGCCUGGUGGUGAGGGCUCCAGGUGCCCUGUGCUGGCCACUGGUGGGCGUUCCACUAACCCUGCCUGCUGUGCACUGGCCCAGGGGUCUGGGGGUGCACAGGGCAGCCCCAGCGUUUAAAAGAGGGACUUUGUCCUCUUUUCUCCCUUUUGUUGGAUUAGAGGGGGACCAAGAGACCCAGCUAGAUGCUGUUUUUGUAAAGUGUAAUGUAUAGGUGGACUUUGAGUAAAAUAGAGUGUUUGCUUGACAACUGA